AUGGCUCCCGCGCAGGCUGCUGACCCCGAGGUUGAUAUUGAAAUGACACAGGAAGAUGAUGACGAUCAAAUCGAGCGCGUCAUCAACGAGGAGUACAAGACCUGGAAAAAGAAUAGUCCCUUUCUCUACGAUAUGAUUCUGGGAACGGCCUUGACCUGGCCAACCUUGACCGUUCAAUGGUUUCCCGAUGUCAAAGAGCCCGAGGGCAAAAACUAUUGCAUGCACCGACUGCUUCUCGGCACACACACGUCUGACGAGAGCGCCAAUUUUCUUCAAAUUGCCGAUGUUCAGAUUCCCAAGGCCAUCGCUCCCAACCCUGAUGAUUAUGACGAAGAACGAGGCGAAAUCGGAGGUUAUGGAAACUCUGGCGAAGUCGCCGCCAUCAAAUGCGACAUUGUCCAGCAAAUCGAGCAUCCAGGCGAAGUGAACAAGGCGCGCUACCAGCCGCAAAACCCAGACAUUAUCGCCACACUGUGUGUCGACGGCAAGAUUCUCAUCUUUGACCGCACCAAGCAUCCUCUGCGACCUGCGUCCCUUGGCAAGGUCAAUGCGCAGAUCGAAUUGGUCGGCCAUAAGGCGGAAGGCUUUGGUCUGAGCUGGAACCCGCACGAGGCUGGAUGUCUGGCCUCUGGAAGCGAAGACCAGACUAUGUGUCUGUGGGAUCUAAAGAAGCUGGAGGCCGACACGAGGAUCCUCAAGCCCUGGCGCCGUUACACUCAUCAUACCCAAGUUGUCAAUGACGUGCAAUAUCACCCCAUUUCCAAGAAUUUCAUCGGUUCCGUAUCCGAUGACCAAACACUUCAGAUAGUCGACGUCAGAGCGGACAGCACUUCGGCCGCCACCCUCGUCGCCAAGGGUGGUCACCUGGACGCCAUCAAUGCUCUUGCGUUUAACCCCAACUCGGAGGUCUUGGUUGCUACCGCGUCCGCCGAUAAGACGGUCGGAAUCUGGGACUUGCGGAAUUUCAAGGAGAAGGUGCACACCUUGGAGGGGCACAAUGACGCCGUGACGUCUCUUUCAUGGCAUCCAUCGGAAGCUGGAAUUCUGGGCAGUGGCAGUUAUGACAGACGAAUCAUAUUCUGGGAUUUGUCCCGCGUGGGCGAGGAGCUAUUGCCCGAUGAUCAAGAUGACGGACCGCCAGAGCUGUUAUUCAUGCACGGCGGACACACCAACCACCUGGCCGACUUCAGCUGGAACCCCAAUGAACCCUGGUUGAUUGCCAGUGCUGCCGAGGACAACCUUUUGCAAAUCUGGAAAGUGGCCGAGUCAAUCGUUGGGAAAGACGAUGGCGAGCUGCAGAUUGAUGACCUUGACCGAUAA